UUUUUCAGAUCUGCUUCGUGCGGUCUGGUUGGUCUCUGCGUGUGUCGGUUCGAUUCUUCAUUUCUUUUUCUCUCUCUCACUCUCACACUCUUCACUCUCGUUAUUCAUACUUCAUUUCAAUCAUUUCUCUCUUAGAAAAUCAUUAGCUAGAUCUCUUUUAUCUCUCAUUAAUCAUUGAGCUUCCGUUGAGUGUCGCCACCAUCUCCAGUUGUUUUUCUUGAGUGAAUCAAGAUCAGAUUCUGGUUCACUCCCCACUUGUGUUUUCGGGUUUUAUCAACUGGGUCUGUGUUGGAUCUUUUAAACAAGGUGGUAAAAAUGUUGGAUCCAAGUGAGAAAGGAACAGAUUCUGAUGACGGGAAUAGAAAGGCUUCAUCAGAAGAAGAAAGUAAUCAAGUGAACGAGAACAAGAAGACCUGUGCCGAUUGUGGGACCUCUAAGACCCCUCUUUGGAGAGGCGGACCAGCCGGGCCUAAGUCACUGUGCAACGCAUGUGGGAUCAGAAGCAGGAAGAAGAGAAGGGCAGUUUUGGGAAUAUCAAAAGAAGACAAAAAGACCAAAAAACCCAGCAACAAUGGCCCAAGUAACAAAAAACAGCAGCUUGGAGAGAGUUUGAAGCAGAGAUUGUCUGCAUUGGGAAGAGAAGUUCUGAUGCAAAGAUCAACGGUCGAGAAGCAACAAAAGAAGCUAGGAGAAGAAGAACAAGCGGCUGUGUUGUUAAUGGCUCUCUCUUGUGGCUCUGUUUAUGCUUAAUAAUUUAGUGUCGUCGUUCUUAAUGCUAGGUUUCAGGAAUGGGAAAAGACCAAAUUGUCCUGUGAUGAUUUUUGUUUAGGGUUUUAUUCUUGGGAGGUUUUUAACUAACUGUAUUUUGGAAGUUGGAGGAAGAAGAAGAAGUGUAAGAAAUGGAGAUCGAUUUCAUUUUUCCUAACAUAGUAAUUAAUUAAUGUGACUAUCAAGUGUAUUGAAAUUAUUAUUAUUAUUAUUAUUAUUUCAUUU